AUGCUCCGAUACGUGAGUCCGCGACGACGGCCAACGUCCUAUCGCCUGCCAAUCUGGGUCUGGGUGCUACUUGUUGUGGGCUUGCUCGAGUCGAUCUACCAUUGCAGCAGCUUCAGGGUGCCAGUACCAACCGAAGAACAAGACGAGCCCUUCUACACAUCAUGUCGUGAGCCAGACGUGAGUGGAGAUCGCGAGAACGGAGUACUCGUGAUGCUGGCGAGAAAUUCCGAGCUUGAGGCAGCAAACCAUACAGUCGCAUCUCUCGAGCGACACUUCAACCGAUGGUUCCACUAUCCGAUUGUGUUCCUCAACGACGAGCCCUUCGAUGACAGGUUCAUUGAGGUGCUUGGGAGCACAGCUAGCGGGGAUGUGACGUUCGAGACGAUACCACAUGAAGAUUGGACGUUCCCUGCGUGGGUCAAUCAGACCGCCGCAAAGGAGAGCAUUGCCGAGCAAGGGGCGCGUGGCACAAUGCACGCUGGGUCGGAAGGUUAUCACCACAUGUGUCGCUUCUAUUCAGGCAACUUCUACCAGCUUGAGGUGCUUCGAAAGUACAAGUGGUACUGGCGACUCGAACCGGAUGUCGAUUUCUACUGCUCGAUAACAUACGACCCGUUCGUCGAGAUGGCGCGGCGGAACAAGGUGUAUGGCUUCACCAUUUCUCUUUGGGAGGAAUGGGCCACGGUGCCGUCGCUGUUCCGACACACCGCUGAGUUCAAGGAGGCAUUCGAUAUCGCAUCGACGUCGCUGUGGACCGCGAUGAUGGAGCCAUCGUGGCUGCCAUAUCCUCUGAGGUCGUUCAUGAGCCUACUACCGUACCGCGAUCGGUACGGCGACUCUUGGAGCGGCUGCCAUUACUGGAGUAAUUUCGAAAUAGCAGAUCUUGACUUUUUCCGCGGCAAACGAUACCAAGCGUUCUUCAAGGUGCUGGACAGCGUGGGAGGAUUUUACUUCGAGAGGUGGGGUGACGCCGCUGUACACUCGCUGGCCGUUGGCAUGCUUCUCGACCCCAGCCAAGUGCAUCAUUUCGAAGACUUUGGCUACAGACAUGACAUUGUCUACCAGUGUCCUGCCAAUGCGCCCGAAGGCCAGCUGACAGGUUCACACGCACUUGGCGCCAAAUACAGUAAGACGCCCAUGGCUGUCAUGGUCGUUGUGACGCGAGACUUGAGGUGA